GAUGUAACGAUAGCCACAUGACUGACAUAAGAGAGAGAGCCAAGACAGGUACCGAUAUGAGAUGGCAUCAACAUCUUGGCCAAGUCUCACCUUCACACAUGGUCUAACCAAAAAGGCUCCACCCUCUCUCUCAUGCACAAUCCCGAAUCUUUCUCGCCGCCAUGCCAAAUCAAAUUCACUGAUCGUCAAGGCCUUCUUGGACGCCAAGCCCACCAUCUUGGUCACUGAGAAGCUAGGCGAAGCGGGCCUUCAACUGCUCAAGAGGUUCGCCAACGUUGACUGCUCUUACAACUUGAGCCCCGAGGAGCUCUGCACCAAGAUCUCUCUAUGUGACGCCCUCAUAGUCCGGAGUGGCACGGCAGUAAGCCGCGAGGUUUUUGAGUCGUCCGGGGGUCGACUUAAGGUGGUGGGGCGAGCUGGUGUCGGUAUUGACAAUGUUGACUUGUCGGCCGCCACAGAACACGGCUGUCUUGUUGUCAAUGCCCCUACCGCCAAUACUAUUGCUGCGGCCGAGCAUGGGAUUGCUUUGCUCACGGCCAUGACGCGUAACAUCCCACAGGCUGAUGCUUCCAUUAAAGAUGGGAAGUGGCAGAGGAAUAAGUAUGUUGGCGUGUCCUUAGUGGGAAAAAGACUUGCUAUAUUGGGAUUUGGAAAGGUUGGAUCAGAAGUAGCUCGGAGAGCAAAAGGGCUUGGAAUGCAUGUCAUGGCACACGAUCCGUAUGCGCCAUUAGAUCGUGCCAGUGCCAUUGGCGUGAAGCUAGUGAGCUUUGAAGAAGCCAUUUCGACCGCAGAUUUUUUAUCCCUACACAUGCCUCUCACCCCUACUACCUCCAAGAUGUUCAACGAUGAUUCUUUCUCUAAGAUGAAAAAGGGAGUUCGAAUUGUCAACGUUGCACGUGGUGGAGUCAUUGAUGAGGCAGCUCUAGUUAGGGCCUUGGACUCUGAGAUUGUUGCUCAGGCUGCACUUGAUGUAUUCAUGGAAGAGCCACCACCAAAGGACAAUAAGUUGGUGCAGCAUGAAAAUGUGAUUGUAACUCCUCAUCUUGGUGCUAGCACUACCGAGGCCCAGGAAGGCGUGGCCCUUGAAGUAGCGGAAGCGGUUCUUGGGGCUCUGAAUGGGGAGCUUUCUUCUACUGCUGUGAAUGCACCCAUGGUCUCUGCUGAGGUUUUAUCAGAACUAGAACCUUUUGUUGCCUUAUCUGAAAAGCUAGGCAGACUGGCAGUUCAAUUAGUGGCUGGUGGAAGUGGAAUUAAAUUUGUAAAGGUCACUUACGGCUCAGCUAGAAAUCCAAAUGAUCUGGACAAUAGGGUACUUCGUGCCAUGGUGAUAAAGGGUCUGGUUGAGCCUACUUCCAGUGUUUACAUCAAUUUUGUCAAUUCUAAUUUCAUUGCCAAACAGAGAGGACUGAUAAUAACAGAAGAGAGAAUCGUUUUAAAUGGCUCACCUGAGAAUCCACUAGAAUUUAUCCAGCUUCAAAUUGCCAACGUGGAAUCAAAUUUCGCCAGUUCUAUUUCGGACUCUGGUGAGAUCACAGUGGAGGGAAAACUCAAAGAUGGGAAACCUCAUUUGACCAAGGUGGGAUCUUUUGAGGUUGAUGUGAGCCUGGAAGGGUGUAUCAUACUUUGCAGGCAGGUUGACCAACCGGGUUUGAUUGGGAAGGUUGGAAGUAUUUUGGGUCAAGAAAAUGUAAACGUGAAUUUUAUGACAGUAGGGAGGACUGCUCCACGGAGACAAGCUGUGAUGAUUAUUGGAGUGGAUGAAGAUCCCAGUAGAGAAGUACUAAAGAAAAUUGGUGAGAUAUCAGCCAUUGAAGAGUUUGUCUUCCUCAAGUUGUAAUGAUGGUUGUGCUGCGUAUUGUUUGAACCAGGUUUGUCACCUAGGAAAUCUAAUUUUUAUUUUUUGGUGUCAUAUUCAUUUAUUGGAUUAAUUUUCGGUAUAAAGUGGCUUUUUCCAGUAAUGUUUAUGUUAUCUUGUCCUUAUGUUGUAAUAGAAUCAAAUAUAUAUUACAUAUCUCUAAAUCAUUGC